CGGCCGGUGGCGGCGGGAGGCGCCCGGACCGCGCCGGGCAUGGUGUGCGGGGACCCCCGCACCAUGGAGCUGGAGAACAUCGUGGCCAACACCGUCCUGCUCAAGGCACGGGAAGGAGGUGGCAGCAAGAGGAAAGGCCGGAGCAAGAAGUGGAGGGAGAUCCUGCGGUUCCCGCACAUCAACCAGUGCGACGAGCUGCGGAAGGGCCUGGAGCAGGACUACGGCAGCCUGUGCCAGCGGCAGCCCAUCGGCCGCCUGCUCUUCCGGCAGUUCUGUGAGACGCGGCCGGAGCUCCUGCGCUGCAUCCGCUUCCUGGACGCCGUGGAGGAGUACGAACUCUCCCCAGAUGAGAAGCGGAAGGAGAUGGGGGAAGAGAUCAUCCAGCGGUUCCUCAGGCAGGAGUCCCCAGAUUCCCUGCCUGAGGUGGGCCACCCCCACGCCAGUGAGUACCUGCAGGACCUGCAGAAGAGCCCCUGCAAGGACCUGUUCAGCAGCUGCCUGCGCCCCCUGCACCAGUUCCUGAGUGGGGACCCCUUUGCUGACUACCGGGCCAGCAUGUACUUCGACCGGUUCCUGCAGUGGAAGUACCUGGAGAGGCAGGCUGUCACCAAGGACACCUUCCGGCAGUACCGGAUCCUGGGCAAGGGCGGGUUCGGAGAGGUGUGCGCCUGCCAGGUGCGGGCCACGGGCAAGAUGUAUGCCUGCAAGAAACUGGAGAAGAAGCGGAUCAAGAAGCGGAAAGGGGAGGCGAUGGCCCUGAACGAGAAGCAGAUCCUGGAGAAGGUCAACAGCCGGUUCGUGGUGAGCCUGGCCUAUGCCUACGAGACGAAGGAUGCUCUGUGCCUGGUGCUGACCAUCAUGAACGGGGGAGACCUCAAGUUCCACAUCUACAACAUGGGGAACCCGGGCUUUGAGGACAAGCGCGUGGCCUUCUACGCAGCAGAGAUCUGCUGUGGGCUCCAGCACCUGCACCAGGAGGGCAUCGUCUACAGGGACCUGAAGCCGGAGAAUAUCCUGCUGGAUGACAAUGGCCACAUCAGGAUCUCUGACCUGGGGCUGGCUGUCAAGAUCCCUGAGGGUGAGACCAUCCGCGGCCGCGUGGGCACCGUCGGCUACAUGGCCCCGGAGGUGAUCAGCAACGAGCGCUACACCUUCAGCCCCGACUGGUGGGGCCUGGGCUGCCUGGUGUACGAGAUGAUCGAGGGGCAGUCGCCCUUCCGCGCCCGUAAGGAGCGGGUGAAGCGGGAGGAGGUGGAGAAGCGGGUGCAGGAGGAGCAGGAGCUCUACUCGGACAAGUUCAGCGAGGACGCUCAGGCCAUCUGCAAGUUGCUCCUGGCCAAGGACCCCGGGGUGCGGCUGGGCUGCGGGGCCGGCGGGGCGGCCGAGGUGAAGCAACAUCCCUUCUUCAGGACCAUCAACUUCAAGCGGCUGGAGGCCGGAAUCAUGACCCCCCCCUUCGUGCCGGACCCUCGGGCGGUUUAUUGCAAGGACGUGCUGGACAUCGAGCAGUUCUCCACGGUGAAGGGCGUCAACUUGGACCAAACCGACAGUGAUUUCUACGCCAAAUUCGCCACGGGCAGCGUCUCCAUCCCCUGGCAGAACGAGAUGAUCGAGACCGAGUGUUUCAAGGACCUCAACGUGUUUGGGCCCAGCGGGACCCGCUCCCCCGACCUGGACUGGCAGCGGCUGCCCGAGCCCCCCAAGCGCAGCCUUUUGCAGCGGCUCUUCCGCCGACACCCGGCUGACUACACCAUUGGCACCUCUGUCCACCUCCCCAGCCCGGCUGCUGUGAACUCACACCCUCCUGCGGCCAAAUCCUCCUGCCAGGCACCAGCACCGGCACCAUCUUGACCCCUCGGGGGGCCCCCGGCCCCCGUGUGCCCUCUCAGGGUUAUCCCAGAGCAGUGCCAGGGCCGGGGGCUCCAGGGAUGCUCACGGAGGGGAGGGGGACGCUGGCACGGACUGAUGUGUGUGGGCAGGGGGCGAUGGGGGCAGAGGGGUGGAAGCUGCCUUGACCCCAACCCUGCCAACUCCCCACCCCUCCAGCCUGUUCCUGGGGGCUUCCACUGCAGGACCACCUCCCACCAGCUCCCCUCCCCACUGCCAGGGGAGGGGGCCAGGGCACAGACCUGUUUCUGCUGCUUUUGAGCCCAUUAUCUUAUCGCCGGGUCAGAGCGUGACCUCUGCGGGCAUCGGGGAGGGGCUGCGGUUUCUCUGCACUCUCCAAAUAGCAACACGGGCAGCCUUGGAGUGGGGGGACACCCCGGCCCCCCCGGCCGUGCUGCAGCAGGAGGGACGGGGUCACCCCGACAGAGCUUCCCUCCAGAGAAGCACGGCCUCCCCUGCUCCGGCCACUGCCAUGGGAAGCGGGCUGGGAGAGUGGAAUUUUCUCGAAGAUGGCUGGGCAAGGGGGGGUGAGGGGCUCCCCCCAUCCUCACGAGGCAGCUCCGGGCAGCCUCAGGGUUCCUGGGCCCCCCAUCUCUUCAGUCCCUGGUGAAUCUCUGGCACCUUUGGUCAGCGUUGAUCCAGUUUUGUAAAUUUUGUACAUUUGUGAAUAUUUGUACCUCGAGCCCUGUUGUACAUUUUUUAAGCGAAAAGCUGCAAACAGAGCUGCGUGGUGACUUUGUGGAGGAACUUGAGGGGCAUUUCGGGGGGGCUGUGGGGGCUUUCUCAGGUGUUUUACCUCCCCCAGCAUGUUCUCCCUCCUCCUUGCCCUGCGGGAUGUGGGUGGGGGGUGCUGGGUGCCCAUCCCGGGGUGGGGCUGUGCUGGUUUCCCAGGCAUCCCCUUGCUGGCACGCGGGACAUGGCCACGUGCUGCCCGUGCCCCCAGCCCUGUCCCCAGAAGAGCAGGACUCAGCCGAGGGGCCGGCUGGGUCCAGGCAGGUCCGAGCUUUGGCCAGAGCCUUGUCCUGCCCCGCUGCUGGAGCUCGGUGGGCUCAGCCGGCCAGGCCAGCUGUGUUCUGAUGGAGAGGCGCCUUCCUGGUGCCCAAAGUAGGUGCUGGGACCCCAAUCCCAUCCCUGGUGCCUGUGGCACUGCUGCUGCUCCUCCUGGCCACCCUCGGUGCCCCCCUGCUGCUGUUCCUUUCCCUCGCAGGCUCGGUGCAUGCAUCAGCGUGGGGACCUCAAGGGACAUCCAGAGGAGAUGCUGAGGUCACAUCAGGAGCUGGUGAGGGUCCUGGGUGUGUCCCAGAUCACCAGACCCCCCUGAGGGUUCUGGAAUCCUUUCUGGAGUCCCCUUGUGGCGCCCUGGGGAUGGGUCACCUGGAGCAUUUCCCUCGUGUGCUGUGGCACAGUGUGACUUGUCCUCAUGUCCCCUCCCCAGGGGCAGAGAGGGGCUCGUGCCCCUCCAGCCCCCCCAGCCCAGAGCCAGAGGGGUGGCUCUGCCCGGGCUGUUUUGGUUCUUCUCA